AUGGAAGUCGACGAGCUUUCCACUUCGUCAAGAGCUUCAACAAGCAGCCUCCCGCCUGCGAAAAAAUCGAUAUUGAAAAAGCCUGGCGCAAAGUCUACGCCAAAAGGGAACGCAGUCUACGACGAGGAGAAUGUUAGAGCAACUUAUCACCCAGCUGACAAAGAUUACGGCCAUAUGAAAAUUGAUGAGCCCAAGACUCCCUACCAUGACCCUGAAAAUCCCGUUACAAGUGACAUGCUAAACGAAGACGACCUGAUGAGUCGUCUCAACGAUGGUAAGCUGCCAAAAGUCAUGCAAGAUCCGGACAGCGAUGAUGACCUGACACCUGCUGAGCUCGAGAAAAAGAACAAGUUUAAAAGCCUUCGCGCGAAUCAUUACAACAUGAAGGAAGCAAUGGCUCGAGCACGACAGAUGAUGGAAGAAGAUGACGAUGAGGAGGAAGAUGAAGACUAA